UAUCGGCGUUACUAUCGAGCCCAUUUGUAAACAACAUGGCGCAAGGUCGGCCGAUGAGUCGUCAUGGCAGAUACGAGCCAUUUAUAGGAAUGCAAGUUGAAGAAGCAGAAGCUCAAGACUUCUAUAAAAGAACUGACUACAACUCACCACGGUAUGCCUCGCCGAGACCAAAGAGUGGCUACAGGAGAAGGAAAUCCCCGCCUGCUGACUAUGACCAGUUCGCUCGCGUCCCCAGCAGCAGGGACCAGCAUAGAGAGGACCCGCCUGCUCGCCCAAUGUCUCGGAUAGGAAUGGAUGGUCAUAGCAGCGGAUCACACCAUCACCAUCAUCAGUCACUGGAGGAUUCAGACGACAGUUUCUCACCUUCCCCUCCCAGCCAACCACACGGAAGCCCUACCUCCCCUCCACGCCAUGUACACAAAUCAAAAGCUGGCCCGGAGAGACCUCCCAGUGCAUCCAGCAGGCGUCCUCAAAGUGGUCGGCCUCAGAGUGCAAAUAUACGCUCAGCUAGGGUCCGUUACGUUGAACAAACUCCAAAUCAGUUUGAGGAGGAGGAUGACUUACCGGAUAUGUCCGGUGUGCGACCACCGUCCUCAUUUUCCAAGUACAGACUUCUCCCAGCCAUUGGAACUCCGACCCCUCUCGACCUUGAUGACGGGCCCCCGUCAACAUACCUUUACAAUGAGAUAGAUGAACCUCGGCCUCCAAGCCGACAUCAGACUCCGACUUCACACCGACCACCAUCCCAACAGCACCAGAGCUAUCAUCUCCCAUCAGCUCCCGAGCAGCCCCCGCCCCCACAACUGGCCAGGCGGACGGGGGGAGUCGGCAAAAGCAGUCGGGUGUCUUCAGCUGUCUCAGACAUCUCUGUUAUCUCCACAAAAGCCAGCUCGCGGAUGCAGAACCAUCACUAUAACGACGACCUCCAUAAUCUCAAAGCGGAAGGCGUUGAGAGGCUUGACUUGUCUCAGCUGGACAAGCCGCUCUCCGACAGCGUCAGACGGAAAAAGAUUUCUGCCUCCGGUUCGAGCCCUGCUCAUAAGCCGAAGACGUCCUCGUCCACGGCAAAUGCAGGUGCUAAACAUAACGCCAAAGCUCACGUUGACCUGUACGAUGGAGACGAUGAUGACUCAGACACUGUACAGACGUCUAGCUCAAGAAAAAAUACGGAGACCACUUCAAAUCGCCCGCCGAGAUCGGCGUCUGUUGUGAAACAGCCUGUGAUUAUCCCAUCGCCAGACCAUCCACCGGACCGUGAAAUCCUCCUAGCCAUAAAACUCCCAACGGAUAGCACACGGCACCAGAGAUACUUCAAGUGCAAAGAGACUCUGCAAUCUAUUGUAGAAUUUGCUGAGGAACUAGCCGGACAGGAUCUGGGAGGGUACAUUCUUGUUUCCAGUGCACCUAAAAUGGUGUACAGUGACCUUGAGCUGUCAAUCGAUGCUGCUGGAUUAGAGGACAAGACGGUGUUGCACUUAGAAGAAGGAGACUAAGAAAAAUGUGUCAGGAAUCCUUUACGUCUGUGAAGAUAAUAGUUUUACUACUUAAAUGGUGAACAAAUCUGCCGUAAGCUGACAAAACGCCUUUUUUUUUGUCAUUCAUUUAGGUUUCGAGAUACAGGGGG